GUGUCAACUCGCACACCUUAGUGUUAAGUAAUCACUUUUACUGAAAAUUAAAAUUAUAUUUCAUAAUGUAUAGUACUUUUUUAUUUUGUUUAAACAUGGACAAGUUCAAAUAUAUUCAAAUUAUUUUAUUCGGCUUCUUGAUACUAAAAGGUAUUUCAUAUUUUUAAAAUCAACAAGGAAUAUGUGACUUAUUCCCUGCAAAACCAGACCUAAUCACUGGACAUUUCUCACGAUUCAUACUCAAAUUUCAAAUCGAAUAUAUAAAAAUGUAGCUCCCUAAUAAUUCUAAAAAAUGAAAUGUUAUUUUUAAGAAUCAAGCACAAACCCUUUACCAAAUGAAAACAAAUGUUCACCACCUUCACAGGCGCAAUACGAACAAUUCCCUUACAUAGUGUUUCUUAGAAUGCAUUCAAAUGGAAAAAUAUUAUGUCAAGGCACAUUGAUCGAUGUGAAUUGGAUACUAACAUCUGCGAAUUGCAUUGAUACUACAGACAACAUUCCAUUGAACGAUAUUGAUAUUGCGAUGCCAAAUAAUAAAACACAUGAGACCAUUUUGAAGCCGAUAAAAGUGAUACAAACAAAAUACAACGAUGUGGCAUUAAUUGAGAUGGAAAAAGCCAUUAUUGCCACUAUUGUAGCACCCAUCGAAUUGGCCGCUGAAGAUAAACUUGCGAACAAUACGGAAUGCGUUGUGACCAGUUUUAAAAAGCAGUCAAACAAUGAUUUAUCACUCAUAUAUUGGAACACGGCUAACAUUUCAAAACAACCAUAUGAUAAGGGCGACUGGUACUUAGAAGAUACGAUUUGUCAUUCACAAAUAUGGAAUUCAUUACAGAACAUAACCGAUAAUGGAACUCCUUUGGUCUGUAAUAAUCAUCUAUAUGGCAUAUACUCACUCAAUGAACCUAAGAUAUUUAAUAACAUUUUGAAGUACAAAAAUUGGAUCCAAAGUGUAAUCAACCCAAUAACUUCUAAUAAAAUGUCAGAAAAACAUCCGAACUAUUUUGUAUUCAAUAAUAAUUUGUUGUCUGAUACUAAUUCAAUGGUAACAGAUGGAGACACAACAGAAACCGAUACGAGUAAAGAGUCUUCAACAGAAACUGAAGAAACACGGAUUCAUUCGAAACCAACAUCUUCACCAACUGACUUCACUCAAGAAGAAAGCAGAAGUACCAAAGUGUACGUAGAAGAUUCUUCUGUAAGUACAGAACGCACUGAAGAUAACGAAAGCACACCGUCUAUUGAUUCAUCUUCAGAAGCUACAGUAGAAACACCAACUUAUUUGACAACAGAGUCAGACGAUCCUACCUCUUCAACACAAUCAUAUUCGUCUACUACUAUUAUUAAACCAUUUACCACGGAAAAAUCUACUUCAAGCCCGAGUCCUCCAACCACUUUAACUGGAGAAACAGAAUCAACCGAGGAAACCGAAGAAACUUCAGAUAAACCCAGCUCUGAACCUCCUAUUACUCAAUCUUCAACUACAGAGAAAUUUACAACGAGUUCAAAUCCUUCGACGACUGUAACUGGAGAAACAGAAAAAACCAAAGAAACUAAAUAUACCGAAGAAACUGAAUCUACUGAGGAAACGGCAUACACCGAAGAAACAGAAUAUACCGAAGAAACUGAAGAAACCUCUGAUAAACCUAGCUCUGAACCUCCUACUACUCAAUCUUCAACCACAGAGAAAUUUACUACGAGUUCGAAUCCUUCGACGACUGUAACUGGAGAAACAGAAAAAACCAAAGGAACUAAAUAUACCGAAGAAACUGAAUCUACUGAGGAAACGGCAUACACCGAAGAAACAGAAUAUACCGAAGAAACUGAAGAAACCUCUGAUAAACCUAGCUCUGAACCUCCUACUACUCAAUCUUCAACCACAGAGAAAUUUACUACGAGUUCGAAUCCUUCGACAACUGUAACUGGAGAAACAGAAAAAACCAAAGAAACUGAAUAUACCGAAGAAACUGAAUCUACUGAGGAAACGGCAUACACCGAAGAAACAGAAUAUACCGAAGAAACUGAAGAAACCUCUGAUAAACCUAGCUCUGAACCUCCUACUACUCAAUCUUCAACCACAGAGAAAUUUACUACGAGUUCGAAUCCUUCGACAACUGUAACUGGAGAAACAGAAAAAACCAAAGAAACUGAAUAUACCGAAGAAACGGAAUAUACUGAAGAAACAGAAUAUACUGAAGAAACUGAAUCUACUGAGGAAACGGCAUACACCGAAGAAACUGAAGAAACCUCGGAUAAACCUAGCUCUGAACCUCCUACUACUCAAUCUUCAACCACAGAGAAAUUUACUACGAGUUCGAAUCCUUCGACAACUGUAACUGGAGAAACAAAAGAAACUGAAUAUACCGAAGAAACAGAAUCUACUGAGGAAACGACAUAUACCGAAGAAACGGAAUAUACCGAAGAAACAGAAUAUACAGACGGAGCGGAUACUGAAGAAGCAGAUUACUCCGAAGAUAUCGAACCUGUUACUCAAUCUUCAACCACAAAAGUAUCAACAUUAUCCCCGAAACCAUCAAAAUCGUCAAAAACAGAUGCUACAUCAGUGACUUAUGAUGAUACGACACCAAUAACUACAAUAACUCCUGCUCCUACGAGUCAGUCAUCCGUAGAACUGAAAACAACUACAUUCGAUUAUGGAUCAGAUACAACGACGACCGCGAUGGACACUACGUUUACUACAACUGAGAUAAGCACAGAAGUAACAUAUGAAAUUUUUGACCCUAAAGAAACUACAACAUUUGUGGACGAACAAUAUGAAGAUAAAUCGAGUUCCCAAAUAAUAUCUAUUCAUACAAGUUUAAUAACAGUUAUAUUUUGUAUCGUAUAUCAUAUUAAUUUGUAAUUUAUCUAUAGUUACUUGAUUUCAAUAUGUACAGUUUAAAAAAUUUUAAAAUUUUAAAAUUAGAUACCUAGGGGCAUUUAAAAAAACCAAAUUCAAACGUAUUAUGAUUAUAAACAAAUCGUGAAUUGUAUUCAAUAAAUAAAUCAAAAUUAUAUGUACGCAUUGUAUUUUAAAUGUAAAUAAAUGGAAUAAAUAAAACAACACAAAUUAAUCGAUAUUAAAAAU